AUGGCCAAUCCACUGAAGACUACAUCGGCUCCGACGCCCGCCAUCGGCAAAGAAAAAGAACAAGAAGGUAUAUCCUAGGGCAACUGAACUUUUCCCACAAUACAUGUCUUGUUUCGAUUUUUGAAAAUUUGAAUGAUCAAUUCUCGAACAAAAGCCAAAUUUAUAUUUCGGUAUAAUGAACCACUGAGCAAAGCCACUGAGUCGCCUUAAAAAACUACAAUAGAGAAAAAUCAGCCUAAACCUAAAUGCGACUGAUCGGAAAAUCAGAAAUAUUCACAAACCAGAAACCGAGGAGACGACGCCAAAAGAAGCCAUGAUGGCUAUUGCGGCGGAACCGGUAAAAUCCAAGAAAACCAAUGCCCAAAAGCGCACGUUUUUAGGUGAAUCUUUUGGCGGACAUGCACGCGGCCGCCAUGGUUUUUCCUCCGACUUUCGAAAAUUUCUUCAAUGACCUCACUCUCAAUAGAUGUCCUCAUUUGGUAGCUUCAACCGAAACUUUAUCUCAGUCUGACUUCCGAAACGAUUUCGCAGUUGUGUUAUGAUCACACGCGAGUUGUUCUGAAUGACGACUUAGACAAAGGGAAUUACUACAACGCGUCUUUCGUUGAUAGUUAUAAAAAUAAAGGUUCUUUCCACUGCUUUCCGUAAAAUGUGAAGCAUGUUUAGGAGGGUACGUUUUCUCUCAGGCGCCUUUCAAUGACCGAACGACUGGAGAUUUCUGGCGGCUCGUCAUCAACGUGAAGCCUUCGAUAAUCAUCGUGAUGGGCUCUAUCGACGUGAGACGACUUUUGGUCAAAAGAGCGACUACACGUUUCUCAGGAAGCCCAAGGUAACAAAGUCGCGGCGUUCAACGUUGAAAUCGACAACCCCGAGUGGAGCAACAAAUUUCUCGCCUUAUAUGGCGCUUCUAGCUUAGACGACGCAGUAAGUCCCUUUCAUAAAAAAUCAAAAGCGAACUGAAAUUUUUGAAGACGUCUAAACUGCACAUUCCAAAAUACUUUUGGCCAAUGGAAGCCGGUGCAACGUCCAAGUUUUGUAAAGAAAAAACUAUUCAGGUCAAACUAGAAUCUAUCAAUAAUGUGAGUUUUCCCAUCCUUUUCUUAUUGAAAUUUUUCGAAGAGGUUUUCCAAAAAGUUAUGGCCGCUCAAAGUUGAAAAAAUCAAUAUUUCCACGCUUCGAAUAAUUUAGGCUUAUUUAGAGACAGGAUCUCACAUCUGAAAUUUACCUUUUGGUUCUUACAUCUUUUUUUCGAAUAUAACAUAUUUUCAUUAUCAUAGACAUAAGGUUCAUCUUUCGAUCGGGAAGAUUAUUGAACUUCGAGCAUUCAUCAAAUGUAUCAAAUAUCUCUGCGGGGAUUUCGGAGCUGAGAUUCGAAAUCGCGAAAAAAAAACGGAUGAUCUAUUUCAUCAUUAAGAAAAUUCACUUUUUUUCUUUUUCACUGAAAUCCUUUUGACUAAGUCAUUUUGAAACAUGAAAAAAAAUAUUAAGGACCGACACAUGAACACUUACAAUUUGGUUGUGACGGCAAAGAAGGAGACGAACAAUCUGGCGCUGGUACAUUUCCAUCAAUGGAUGGACGAAUCUCCACUUCCCGAGUACAUUUCGGAUCUGAGAGCCAUGGUGAACGUAAUCAAUCUGUACGACCAACUAACAUGGUUUGAGGUGAAAAUCACAAUGGUCCGGAAAGCCAAGAACCCCGGCGCGUUCAAAGGACCGAUGUUGCUUGUCUGUCCAACUGGAAUCAACAGAUGUGGGUCCUACGCCGCCCUAGACAUCGUCACGGCUCGAAUAGCCGAUGAACGAAACGUAGUCGUUUCUCUCCUUCCUUGAAUAGAUCGGAAAAUAAUCAGGUCGGAGUUCGAGAGACGAUGAUCGCCAUCAAAUCUCAACGUUAUGGCUGCUUCCGCAGCGUGGACCACUACCAGAUCAUUCGCGAAAUAUUACUUAGGUUUCUUUUUCGUUUCUUCUCGUAGAUAACCAUUCCAGACAGUUGUCUUAUGCUCGGAGUCGAAACACUCUGCUCCGAAGCUCUUUGACACUUAGUCAAAAUUGGGGAGCCAAAAAUUUAUUUAAAUUUUUAUUGCAUUCAAGAAGAUUAUUUUUCUUGGAAAUUUUUCGUUUUCUGAAUAAUUAACAAGUGGCUCAAAAUUGAAGGUAAACCGCUAAAAUUUGGAGCCUUUCGAGAAAAAAUAACUUCGAAAGCUGUGCUUUCUUUGAAGAUGAUAAUCUUCUGACGAUAAUCUCGAUCAUUUUAAUUACAGUUUCAAUGUCCAAGUUAUUUUGAUAGAAGGAUUUCGAGAAAUAUUGUUUAUCCUAUAAAAUAUUCUAAUCUGGAGAAAUAAAUAUAAAAUUCCAUAUACUGAACUUUUUUAUUCAUAUCUCUUUUUCCGGUCAUGUGACGUUUUUGCUAGAAUACUUUCCUAUAAAUUAGAAAGGGAGCUUUUCGAUUUCUUUUCUGUUUUGGGAUUGUUGUCGAGCAUCUCGGUUUCAGUUAAAAAUCUGCUAAUGAAUAUUCUGAUUAUCUAACCUUACUGCUCACAGAACGUGCAUCACGUCGGGAGUGGCUCACGACGAAGCUAUUGGCGAGAAGUUACCGUCGAAGAAGCAGCAGAAGAAAAAGAAAGCUUCGAGAGUUUCGAAAAAGCCAAAGAUGUUCAAGAAAACCUAA